CUAUUAUACGAUCGCUGUCAUGGACUUUACUUCUUUCCAUGAAAAGAAACGAGGAAUAUUGGUUUCUGAACCAUUCUUGACUCGGUGGAAAAACUCCCCAAAGCCACCCAAUCUCCGCUCCAUGCAAAAAUAAGCUCAACCUUACUAUUUCUACUUUUGGAAACUCGGACAAGGGGAUAAAAAAUUAUUUGCCCGGAUCUCCUGGAGCGCCUGCUUCUUCCGAAUUUUACAAGCAUGACCAUUCUAUUGCCAUUGGCCCGAAGUUUGUCCACUGCCGCGGUGUCGCCUUUCAGACUCGCCGUGGUCGGUAGUGGCCCUGCAGGCUUUUAUACCUCUCACCGCUUGCUGAAAGAUUGGCCCAAUACUCGUAUUGAUAUGUACGAUGCUCUCCCAGUGCCGCAUGGUCUCGUCCGAUUCGGUGUUGCCCCUGAUCAUCCCGAAGUAAAGAAUGUCAUGACAACAUUUGACAAAGUCGCAGAAGACGAUCGAUUCCGAUUCCUGGGCAAUGUUACCGUUGGCAGUGACGGUAUAGCCGUUGACGAGUUGAAACAACACUAUGAUGCUAUUCUGUUUUCAUAUGGUGCUAGUGAGGAUCGAAGGCUGGGUAUUCCCAACGAGGAUUUGUAUGGGGUGGAAUCCGCACGUGCGUUUGUUGGCUGGUACAACGGCUUACCGCGUCAUCGAGACCUUCAACUUCCUCUGGAUCAAACCGAUACGGCCGUCGUUAUCGGUCAAGGCAAUGUAGCACUUGACGUUGCUCGUGUAUUACUAAGUCCCCUUGAUGAAUUGCGCAAAACCGAUAUCACCGAAUAUGCCCUGGAAACAUUGUCAAAGAGUCGAAUCAAACAUGUCCAUGUUGUUGGACGUCGAGGACCACUGCAGGCUGCGUUUACCACCAAAGAAUUGCGUGAACAAAUGUCAUUGCCAGGCGUUGUGUUCAAAACGGAUUCCGAGUGGGUGAAAUCACAGAUUGCGUCGGUGGAUCUAAGCAAGAACCGACCAUUGAAGCGAAUGAUGAGCCUGCUUGAAAAGGGAUCGCCAACCAAGAACGGUGACAAAUCAUGGUCGCUUCAAUUCUUGCGUAGCCCAACUGAAGUGAUCCCCAAUGCGGACGGAUCCGCCGUGGAAGGCAUCCGAUACGAAAUCAAUCGACUGGAAGGUCCUUUCGAUCGAUGUAAAGCCAUUGGCACGGGAGAGUUUGAGACCCAAUCGUGCGGCUUGGUUUUGAGAAGUAUCGGCUACAAAAGUUUGCCAAUGGAAGGUGUACCGUUUGAUGAACGACAAGGACGGGUUCCUAACAACUUUGGCAAAAUUAUGGAUAAGAAUGACGAGGAGUUGCCUGGUUUAUAUACGGCUGGAUGGCUGAAGCGGGGUCCCACCGGCGUGAUUGUGUCUACCAUGUCGGACGCUUAUGAAACAGCCGACACCAUUGUGAAUGAUUUGAAGGAGGGAAAGCCCAUGUUAAGCCCUGGUAAAAAGGAAGGCGCAGAUGGUUUGGCAGCCCUCUUGAAAGAACGCAACAUUCGACCAGUAUCUUACGCAGACUGGAAGAAGAUUGAAGCGGCCGAAUUCGCUAUUGGAGCCCAACUCGGUAAACCCCGCGAGAAAUUCAGUCGUAUCCAAGAUAUGCUGGAUGUAUUAAAAGCAUAGCAGACAACGAACUUCCCUAAUGAAAAAAAAACUCAAGACUGUAGACUGUAUACUGAUUUUCCCCUCUUAGAUAAACUAUUGUAUAGAUAGAAAUAACGACGAAGAUCAUGGGUUGACC